AUGAGGAAAGAUUUUGUGAAGCUUUAUAUUCAGUGCGACUGGCACGAAGCUCUAACAGCCGAAGGAACUUCCUGUUGGCUCACCUUCAGAAGUGGCGUGAACAAAAGAGAGGCAAAACUGAAGAAAAAAGAGGGAACUUUAUUGUCGAUUGAGUUUUUGGACCUCAUUGAGGAUUUUGUCGCCGAGCAAGACGUAGAGGUUGUUCACUUGAACCGAAGAUGUUUGAAAAUUGAAAUUGGCCAUCAAUUGCAGUCUGUUGUGUUUGAGGCCCCUUCGAAGGAGUUCUCCCAUUUGCACUGUGGUAGAAAGAUAGACUGUCUGGCAGUGACUGAUGCCCUGGGUGCCUCCUCCUCCUCUUCAGCAGUUGAUGAUCACGUGGUUCUGCUGUGGAAUGUGGAGACGGGAGAAGUGAGGCGCAGAUUGGAAGGUCACCCAUUUGACAUAAACGCCCUCGCCUUCUUCCCCUCCGGCAUAGUGCUCCUGUCCGCUUCUCUGGACCUCAGGAUCUGGUCAUGCGAAACGGGAAAGUGUGCGAGGAGCCUCCAAGGUCACAAGCGACCAGUGGAAGAUGUCGCAAUUGUGGGACGGGGUAAAAAUGUGGCUUCCGUUGCCACAGACGGCUUUCUGAAUCUUUGGAGCUGUGGCGGUGGAAACGUGAUCAAAAAGAAGAAUAUUCAAAGUGGAAUAAUUUGUAUCGAUGUUAUUGGAGUUGAUGACUCGGAUAUUUUAUUAAUUUUGAAUGGCUUAAGCGAAGUGGAGAAAGAGGAAGAAAGUGAAACGCGUGGUAAGAUGGUCAUCAUAGCAACGGAAGAUAACAGACUGGUUUUGUUCCACUUGCUGUCCAAUUGUGAACUUGCAUCUGUGAAGGUGGGAACAGAAAACGACAGAAUCUCCUGCUGUCGCUUUGCGUCAUCUUCCAUUGUUAUCUGUGCAUUCACAAACGGAAUGGCUGAGUCGCACAAUAUCUCUGCCAAUUCACACAAACAUCAGAGCUCACUCCCACUAAACUUGGAGCACAAGUUAACCAUGAAUAUUUCGCAAGGCAGCUCAAUAGGCUCAAUUGGCAUGAUCGGCAGUUUCCUUUUCUUCGCUGCUAAAGAUGGCUCUGUCACGGGGAUAGACGUAACUUCAUUGUCAAUUUUGUCUGAGCUUGGCAAUGGAAAUGAGCCGGCCGAACUUGAACGUGCAGAGAAGUUGACAGUUCGUGAGCUGACUGGCUCGGAUUGCGACGCAGUGUAUAAGGUGUGUUCGAAUGCGAAACACAUAUUCACCUGUUGUCGAGACGGAAAGAUUAGAAUUUACAAUAAAAAUGGCUAUGUUUAAUUUUGUUUCUGCUAUUGUAAAAAUGUCAUUGACGUUAGAAAAUAAGAUUUGAUGAUUGAA